CUGACGGCGUCACCACGCCCACUCAGCUGUUUCCUCAAGUUUAACGGAGCUGCCGACUAAACUUUUCCUCUCUUCUGUCAAAACCCGACUUACUUUUCUGGACUUCUUUUUCGAAGCAACAAGUGGCGUAAACAUGUCCUUCUCGGAUCAACAGUGGUGUCCCUCGAGCGUGCAGGUAACGGUGCUCCAAGCAAGAGGGCUGAGGAUAAAGGGGAAAAGCGGCACGAACGAUGCGUACGCGGUCAUGCAAGUGGGCAAAGAGAAGUUUCAGACCUCGGUGGUGGAAAAGAGUGUUGCUCCGGUGUGGAAGGAGGAGGCCGCCUUCGACCUGCCGCCGAUGCCGCAUCAAGGAGCAGCAGGAGGAGGAGGAGGAGGAGGAGGCACGCUGCACGUCCAGGUCCUGCAUCGGGCCCUGGUGGGUCCAGACAAACUGCUGGGUCAGGCUGUCAUCAACCUGCUGCAUCUCAGUGAGGACAAAACCCGCAAAAAGACAGAAUGGUUCAAGUUGCUGGACAAGACGGGCAAGCCAGACAAAGACAGAGGAGAGGUUCUCGUGGACAUCCAGUUCCUGAGAAAUAACAUGACCGGCAGCAUGUUUGACCUCUCCGCUGCCGGCAAAUCCAGAUCCCGUCUGGGAAAGUUCAAGGACAAAGUCCGGGGCAAGAAAAAGGAGUCGGAUGCAGCGUCUAACGUGGUGCCGUCGUUCACUCAGGUUCUGACGGACAGCGAGGAGGAAGGACACGGGGAGGGGGAGGUGUCUGCUGGCAAGGACGAGAAAAAGAAGAAACUGAAGAUGAAGUCUUUGUUUUCUCCGAAGUCCAACCUGCAGAAGAACAUGUCUCAGUCCAUGUCCGUUCUGCCUGUGAAGAACUCGUCACUGAGCAGCAGCCAGUCGUCUGGUCUAAAUGCUGAGUCCUUUGAAGGUAAAAAGAAGUUCAAGUUCAUGAUACACAAACGCUCAGGCAGCUCAGACGGCAAAGACUCCUCCUCUGCUCACCAAAAACAUGCCGCUGCAGAACAGAGUAACGUAUGCAUCAAUGGCAGCCAUGUUUACUGUGAGGAGCCUCAGCCCCGAACCUCUCGCAUCGGCUCAAACUACAGUCUCGCCAGCUCAGGGCAUGGAUCCAUGGAGGACGUCCCAGAUAGCUCCCCUCCAUCGGUGGAUUCUCUGAGGGCUGUGAGGCAAUAUUCACCCUGGACAGAGGAGGAAGAAGAGGAAGAGGCCAAUGCGGAGAGAGAUACAAAUGAAGAAGAGGGUGAACUGAGAAAGAAGGAAGAGGAAACGAUAAAAAUGGAGCAGAAGAGGAGGAAAAAACAAGAGGAAGAGAGGCUUGAAAAGUUGGCUGAGGAGAAGAGGAGACAAGAGGAAGAAGAAAAAAGGACUGCAUAUGAGAAAAUUAAAAGGGAAGAAGAAGAGAGGAGGAGGAGGAGGGAGGAGGAGGAGGACAGGGUUAGAAGAGAAGAAGAACUUCUGAGGAUGGCUGAUGAGAAGAGACGAGAGGAAGAUAAAAAAAGGAUUGAAGAGGAGAAAGUUAAGGAGGAAGAGGAGAGGGUACGUAGAGAGGAAGAAGUGAGGCAGAGACAACAACAAGAGGAAAGGGUUAAGAAAGAAGAAGAAGAAGAGCGUGAAAGAUUAGCAGAGAUGAGGAGACUAUAUGAAGAAGAAAGAAGGAAACUUGAGGAAGAGGAAAGAAAAAGGCUGGAGGAGGAAGUGGCACAGGAAGAGGAGAGGGCUAGAAGACAAGAAGAAGAGCGUAAAUUGGAAAUUAAGAGACUGGAGGAAGACACAAGAAGAAGAAUUGAAGAAGAAGAAAGGGUUAGAAAGCAGGAAGAGGCGAGAAUAAGAAUAGAGGAAGAAAGGAUCCAGGAAGAGAGGAGAAGAGAGAAAGAGGAGAUGAUAAGACAAGAAGAAGAGAAACAGAGGAAGCUAGAGGAACAGGAAAUAAGACAACGGGAGAAGGAAAGGAUUAAUAAAGAGGAGGAGAAGUCGAGGAAGGAAAAGGAAGAAUAUGAAAGAUUGGUGAAUGAAAAGAUGAAACUGGAGGAGGAAGACAGGAAAAGAUUUGAACUACAAGAGAAAAGGAGAAUGGAGGAAGAAGAAAGGACAAAGCUGGAAAAAGAGCACAAGAAGUUAGAGGAACAGAGGAAACUAGAAGAGCAAGAAAGGAAGAGAAUUGAGGAAGAAGAAGAAAGGCAAAGAGAGGAAGAGGAGAGGGUUAGGAAGGAGGAGGAGAGGAGAAAAGAGGAAGAGGAGAAGGCCAGGAUGGAAAAGGAAGAGUAUGAGAGAUUGGUGGAAGAAAAAACAAGACAAGAGGAAGAAGAGAACAGAAGAAUUAAGGAAGAGGAGAAAAAGGUGAGAAUUGAGGAAGAGAGGAGAAAGGAAGAAGAGGAGAGGGCAAGGAUGGAAAAGGAAGAAAUGAAGAGACUAGAAGAGGAGAAAAUGCAAGAAGAGGAGAGGAUAAGGAAGAAGGAAAAAGCUGAAGAGGAGGCCAGGAGAUUGGAGAAAGAGAUCUUAACACACGAUGCAGAAGAACAGAAGAAGGAGAACAGAUUAAAAAACAAAGCUGCAGGGAGAAGAGUAGAAUUUGACAUCCCUGCACAAGUCUCUUCUUCUAAUCCAUUUGAUGAAACGUAUUCCGACAAUCCAUUUGAUGAGAGUUCAAGCUCACCUGCUGAACCAAACAGGUGCCAAUCUUCCACUUCCACAAACGAGAAGGAUCUUAUUGGUUCCCAGCAGGAGAAGCGAGCGGCUCCUCAGCCUCCAGGAAGGCUUCAAGCCGACAGACACACUCAGAAGGAGCAGGACAGAGCCGGCAUGCAACAUCCGGCCCAAAUAAAGAAGCAAAGUAAAGACAAAGACCAAGACGCCAAAACCACCAGCCUUAUUCCUAAGCGCUCUGGGAAAAAAAUUGCCCCUGUGCGAAGCUCUGCCACAGGUACAAAUAAUUCUCUAAGCUCGACACAAAAUGGUUCCACCAAGGGAACGACAGAUCAGGCGAAGACUGGUAAACGUCUUGCACCACUAAGACCUGGUUCAUCGGAAUCUGAACUGAAACAGUCUCAGUCUUGUGAUGGCAACAUUUCAAAGACAAAACAAGAGCCGGUUGUUUCCAGCUUAAAUCCAUUUGAGGAUGAUGAAGAUGAAAAUGAGCUCACAAGCCAAAAUGAUACAACCAUGACAGGUAAUUCUGGUUCAAUACAGUGGCCUCCACCUGUCACACAAGCUGCUGACGGAGACACCGCCUCUCAAGUGAAAAUCAAAUCCUCAAAGAUAGUCCGUGCCCCCCAACUUCCUGCUACAAAAGCAUCAAGCACUUUAAUUGACCAAAGCACAGAAGGAGUCCUUGUUACAGAUGAUACAGGCAGGAAAGUACCAGAUAUCAGUGAAGCCCAAGACACAAACUCAGGGAGCAAAAGUGCUUUAUUGGCGGAGACAACACUGCAGGAAUCCCAGCAUGAAACCGUGCAGACUGCUGCAGAGGAGUCGGUUGGGGAGAAGGAGGCGCCUCCUACAGCUCGACGCAGGCUUCAACCCGUGAAACCCCUAAAUGCUUUGGAACAGCAGUCUGUCUCUGUUGCUAACACAGAAGAAGAGCACAAGGCUACAGUAAUGAUUUGUGAAGUUCAAGAGAAAACAAAGGUAAAUGACACUGCACUUAAAGGGCCGUACUCUCUGCUGACUCGACAGGAACUCAUCGCGAUGGUGCUAAAACAGGAGAACCAGCUCUCGGAGAGAGACAAAAAGAUGUCUGAGCUGGAGCAGUACAUUGAUAACUUGCUUGUGCGUGUCAUCGAAGAGGCACCAACUAUUCUCAUGUCCUUGAACUCUCUGAAGAAAGCAGCAUAGCAUUGCAGCAUUUUGGUUCCGGUGAUUCCUAAUCAGUUAAAAUCAGUUAUCAACUGGAUAUACUGGAGUUUAGGGUUUGCGAGACAUGAUCAGUUUACGUUCAACAUCAACGUAAAUAAAACCACGAUGAUUACAGUUUCAGCUCAGUGUGUGGAUAAUAUUUAUAUUAAAAAUAACAAUCAAAGAUGUUCUGAAUUUUUCACACUUCUUUAUGUACCAUGUGUAUAUAAGAAAAAAACAUGGUAGGUGGGUUUAUGACUGUUCCCACGUUGAGCUUUGGUGUCAAAUGUUGCUGACAUGACGUGGCAUUACUUUCUGUGUUGUAGGGUAAAACAAAUCUUUUUCUAUAGACAAGCUUCAUGCCUCCUGGACGUUCAUCCAAUAUGAAUAGGGCCUUAUUUUACUGUACUUUGCUCUAGUUACAUAGAUUAUGUUUCAUGCUUUUGUACUGAAUGUCAAAGUUUACAUGAUUCUGCUAACCCCUAAAUGGCACUUUAUGUAUCUAACAUUGUUAAUGAAUUAUUGUUCUUUACUGAAGUGGUGUAUAAAAAAACUGUUAUAAAAGCAAAUAUUUUCGUGUGUCUGAAAUAAAGAAUAAUAAAGCAUU